AUAGUCGAGAUGGGUCUAGUAAUAUAUCUAGGCAAUCCAUUUUUUCUAAGUAUGUAUGGACAGUGUUCAACCAAUCACGUAUCGCCGUACGCCUCCGUGGCACCUACUCUGGCGUUAGUGAGGGCCUGGCUCAUUCGCAUUGAGAUAGUUGGGUUCUUUUUCAGGAAUCUUUCAUACCAGUCUCGUCCGGGAAUGCCGUCUUUGAACGGAUUUGCUCUAUUUAAUUCCCGGACGAGCUUCCCUACCGAUAGAAGCAGCUGUUCCUUCGAUACUGGGAACCCAAUAUCUGCCAUAUGGAGGACCCAUUUCACUAUUAAUUCUUCUUCAUCUUUUGUGAGAACUGUUGCAUGUCCAGCAGGAUUGGUAUGCUUAUUCUUCAAUUUAUCUAGUAACGUUUGAUAUGGAACUUUAUACAGCUUGGAAGCUUUAUAGGCAGUUAAUUCACCGCUUCUAGUUUUGAGCAAAGCAUUUUGCAACUCUUCAUCUGUAUAUUUCUUGUACACCUUUGCCAUAUUGCAUGUUUCUGAAAUGAAACGAUAAUUUUAAGAAGUAUCCUGUAAUAUUAUCUUAUAUUAACUAAAAAGUUUUUUAGCAAGUGGGUAACGUACAUAAUUUUAAACCGCUCUUUUAAAGUAAAUCCCAUGUCAAAAACUGCCCUAGCCAGUACAAAGUGUAAACAGAUUACAGAAUAAGCGAAAUGCCCAUAACGCCCAAAUAGUUUAUCCUAUAUUAAGACCAUUUUCAUUGAGAAGUAAUUAAAAACAAACACAUUUCAGGAUAUUCGUUUCCUUAGGUCUCCUGACUAAAAAAAAUACUAUGCUCCAUGAUCUAGCAGUGCACGUGCCUGGUCUCGUGUAAGUACCUAGAUCUGCAGAAGUGUCAAUACCUACUUACAAUUCCCGGCAUCUAACUUUAGUGCUGACCGAUUAGGUCAAAAGCCACUACUCUUUUCCCUACGUUCUGCGCAUCCCCUCUCCUAAUCGGUCAGCGCUAAAGUUAGAUGCCGGGAGUUAUACUUAAGUUAAUACCUGCUCAAAAUAAAAACAAACAAACUUAAUUUAGCACCCACGAAUUUACCAGCAACGCCCAAUAACUGUGUAGGUUAUUUCGUGUUAGUCGAUUUUACAUAUUUGCGAACUUAUUAACUGCAAAUCAUUAUCAGAAAAUAUAAAUACACUAAUGAGAACCUUAUACACCAAACAACUUUAACUUACUAAAAAUACAAAGCAAAAAAAAAAGCGUUUUUGCAUAAAUGUUCAGUGAGACGAAUUUGCCUCGAACGUCCAAGUUAAGGGAAACUUCAAUGUCAUAUUGUAAUAAAUCUGUUCACAAAAUUAUAUACCGAAUUUCCCCUUGACGAACAAUUAACUAUUCUACUAUUUAAUUUUUAGGUUAGUUUUAUUAUAAAACGUUUAUCUGAACAACAAACGAGUUAUAAACUAAUCAGUAAAAUACUGCUAAUUCGGGAAUAACACGAAGUAGCCUACUAAGGAAUAAUAAUCUGCUGGCUAAUUCGGCAGUCGAAAUUUCGCUAAUUUUAGGAAAUCUAUGCUAUUAAACUACCCGAACUUGAUAUAAGAUCAAUAGCAACAAAAUACAGAACAGAAUUAACUUAAUAUCUUCAUAAAUAGACUAACCUGUAUCUUGAAGCGGUCUUAUAAAGUUUCGUGUACGACCUUACGCUCUCAGUAAGCACGCGCGGCUAUCACAGCUGUUUGAGGCCGACUGACGUUUCGUGUGUUUUGUUGCGUUCCGUUUUGCCGUGAAAAAUUAGGUAUUUUAUUUUUUUGGUAGGGUAAUGUAUAGAACACACAAUAAAGUUUAGUUUUAAAAUAUCGUGUCAGAAUUUCUUAUUUUAGAAUCGAAAAGCAAAACACACGAAAUACCCCACUAGCCCAAAGUAACCCGCCUUUACGUUAAAACUUAUAAAUUUGUUACCUUCAGUAUUUUUAGUGGCUGUAAGAAAUGACUUUCCUCUACCUCUCUCCUGGGUCUGAUGACGAGUUGCCUUACUGUCGUCUCGGACUCCGUUGUACUUCCAGUCGCCACGUCCACGGCCGUGAAGUCUCCAGUCGCCAGUCCUGUGUCACAGUAUUACAAUAUCUAUAAUAUUGUAAUACUGUGCCUGUGUCGUGCCUGCUGAGUGCUCCUACACUGGGAUUUUUUGUGCCCGAGGCGUCCACACCCAAAACACAAGAAGAUUGAAGAGUCAAGGGAUUUCCGUUUUUCCUCUUCUCCAAGGAGGCUGUUUUUUACAAAGUCCAUUUUCAAUUCCUCCACAGUUUCCAAAGCCGUGAUAAUGCCUUCAAAAGAUUUCGGCAUGGGUAGGAGUAAAUAGUUAACCUUUUCUUCCUCCGAGAGCUCACUGCCAGCAUCCCCGAGUUGUGUAGCUUUUCCAUGUUAAUAAAAUGUUCCAUUAAAGGUUUCCGUUCAAUUUCAUAUCGGACAACUCUCUUCUUAUAAAUAAUUAAGAUCGUGUACCUUUCUUCUUAAUGCUGUCUUCGAUGCUUUUAAUCAUUUGAUAAGUAGAUCUGUCCUUCAAGUAUUCGAGAUGACCGGUUGCCGCUAUUAUGUUGUGUUGCCUGGGCUUUAGCUUCCAAUUGCAAUUGCUUGUUAUCCGUAGAUUUACCUACUGAAAUCCUCCAUUUCGAUCGCCUCUAUUGCUCCAUUAUCCCGCAGGAUACUUUUCAAUCGAAACUCCCAUGCGUUGUAAUUGUAUCCCGCGAAAGGGACAAUUUGAUAUUUUUCUUUAGACAUUUUCUGUCCUUUAACACAUAUUCAUUCAUUAUAAAACCAUUGGCCGUACCUACUGAGCCCAUAACCCUGUUAAGGAUUACGGGGAUAAUUAAAGAUACAAACUUUGAACAUUGAAACGUGCUUUUUAUUUAUCACAAAACAACAACAUGGAGAACGUAUAACAGAAACCUCGGCCACGUGUAAGUAUUUUUUUUUUUUGGAUAUACAAUAGAUACGGCAACACUGAAUGGCGACGUAUUUUCGUAAACAACAUUUUCGAAGUUUCGAAUAAUACGUUACUUACUGAUGGUAGGUACUGGUGUUAGAUGGUAUGGUUGUAAUAUUUUUACACAGUUUAAUGACAUAAACAGGCACUUAACGUCGGGUUUUGUCCAAAAUCUUUAUAAACUAUCGGUACGCCCACUUCACACAGCUGCUUGUGACACGACGACUGGCUUGGGUAGUUGGGUACGCCGAAUUCGGCGACUCGGCGCAGCGCGGCGUAGUAGUACCUAUAUUUUGCCGCAUUUUUCAAGUACGCUAGCGCGGCGGUACCUAGACGUAGCGCGCGCGCGGAGACAUUUUUUUUUUUAAUGAAAAGACGCGGGGAAAAUUAGAUGUAAAUUAUUAUUAUUCAAAGUAGAAUAUUGGAGGCUUACGAGUGCUUCCUAUCCUCUAAAGACAACUCUACCUCAGAUAAGACUUGAAACUUAUACUGUGUAGGUACAUCCUAGAAAUUCGACGUAAACAGGCGCGUGUCAAUUUUAAUGAAAAUUGUUUUCACCCAUUUCUUUUUAUAGGGUAGUUUGAGAAUAUAAUGAUGUCGCCUAUAUUUUGAAACGUUCCAGUUAUAAUUUGCUUAAUUUUUUUUUGUUGUGUUUAAAUUUAAUAUAAAGCAUCAAAUAAUUUUUGUCUUUUUUAUAUGUAUGUCUUUGUUUAACAAUAUUAGUUUGUGUAUUAUUGGAUUUUAGAUACUAAUUCGCACAUCCGGAGAAAUAACGUCACAACUGCAUUUUUUUUAAAAAUGAGUUUUUUGUCAAAAACGUUUCCUUUUAUGGUUUAGUAUUCGGGGAAUUAAUGUCGUAAUUUUAAUUUUAAUAUUCUCCACGAGAGGUCGCUUAUGACGUCGCGGUUUUGACAUGUUAUUGGCCCUUUCUGGCGGCACGAUGUCUUAUUAGUCAGUUGCGUCCGGCCAUCUGAGCGGAGUAAAUGUGCUUGGAGCUGCGUUGUCACAUAAGGUGAGAGUACUCGCAGCGGGGAUUUUUCGCCUGAUAGUGACAGUGAUGAAUAUCGGCCUACUAAAUCUUCAAGCUCUAGUUCCUCUAGAAGUUCAAGUUCUGAUUCUUCUUCAUCUAGCGAAUAUUCAGAAGUAGGAUCUACUGCAAACCCUGUCAAUAGACCUUCUGUAGAAUAAGUUGCAAUUUCUGAAACUGUAAAUAGUACAAGUGAGGAGGAAACCCCAAACAAUCUUCGAAAAGAAACGACUUUGACACAGAAAAAAGGUAAAAUAGAUAGUGUUUACGACCUACCGUCACUUUAUUUUAUAUUUUUGUUCACGCGAAUUGUAAUAUGCAUUGUCAUUGUGUCAUCUUAGCGUCUGAGUAUUGAACACAUCUAAUAUUAAAAUUUGUGUUGUAAUUAAUAUAAUACCUGUGCUAAAGAAAGUAAUGUGUACUUAUAUUAUUGCUCAUUGUGUAUUGUGUCAUCUUAACGUUUGUCGAAGGAAUUAAAUUCAAAGCGAUACAUAAAAUGGGAGUUUUUAUUCAUGGUCCUUCGAGCCGGAUAUAAGAUAUAAUAUAAAACGAUACUGGAGAAUACUGGCUUUGGAGUUACGACAAUAUCGAAGUAAUAAUUAUUGGUGGAUUACGACUAAUAAUACGUGACAUCGAGUUGGGUGUUCUAUCAUCGGGUUUCGUGUCUUCACAUCUGCACCUGGAGGUUAUUUUGUGUAUAAGUGCUGUGAGUGAGUAAAUAAGUGGACAAACCGUGAGUACAUUCGAGAUAAUAUCGUAAUAAUUGGACUUUAAUUGUAUUGGGACUUUAAGUGUAAAUCGUAUAUAAAACUUGCUAAUUGCUAUUACAAAAUAAUUGAUUUGUACUUUAAAGAUUGAUGUAAUGUAAACUUGUUAUAUAUAGUUCAAGGUUACGUGUUUAUAUAGCUGAAUCUUAAAACAAUUAUCUAAGUAUAGUUAAAUAACUAUAAGUACUUACAUAUGUAUUAUAAUCUGUGAAUAAGUAAUUGUCACUUUAUGAACAUUGAAUUUAUAAAUCUAUUUCGGAUUUUCUAUAGUAAAUAUAUUUGAUUUAUAAGAUUACAUAUUUCAAAUAGGUAUUUCACGUUGAGAUUUUUAUAAAGUUUUUUAUAUAUUAAUUUUGUUUAUUGUAAAAGAUGGAAUCUUAUAUUAAAGUGCAAAACAAUAUAUAUGAUCGAAUUACAAAAGCUAGAUCUAAUUUUAAGAAAUCGCCUAAAGAACGUUUAGCGAAUGAUGCGUAUUUAUCGACAAGAUUGGAUGCGCUUGAGGAACUUUGGUCUCAGUUUUUGCAAACUCACACGCAAAUUAUUCAAGUUUCGGAAAGUGAUAAAUUGAACGCUACUACUUAUGUCAAAGCUGAUACAUAUGGCAAUUGCGAAGAACAAUAUAUCGAUUAUAAGUAUGAGUUGCGGGAAGAUCGAGCUAAUUUAACUGUUAAAUCAUCCACUGUACAUCAUGCGCCAGAUGGCAGCACGACAUCUACAGAUUCGAAUCAACAAGGUUUUAAAUUACCAAAGAUUGCUAUCCCACAUUUCUCCGGGAAAUAUGCAGAAUGGACGAGCUUUCGAGACCUGUUUUUGUCACUGGUACAUAGUAACCCUACAUUGGAUGAUGUUCAACGCUUACAUUAUUUAAAAUGUCAACUCACUGGAGAAGCGGAACAGUUCUUGCGACACAUACCAAUAACUGCAGAAAAUUAUAAGUUAUGUUGGAAACAGCUUGAGGAUCGGUACAGCAACAAAAAGUAUCUUGCCAAUUGUAUCUUAAAGAAAUUUAUGAAUCAAAAAACUGUAACAACUGAAUCAGCUACAGCGUUACGCGAAAUUUUAGAUACUACUAAUGAAUGUAUGUUUGCACUUAAAAAUUUGUCAAUAGAUGUAAGUACUUGGGACACUAUUGUUAUUUAUGUUGUAAGUCUAAAAUUAGAUUCCGAGUCCCGUAAGCAAUGGGAACUGCAAAGUAGUAAAAAUUGUAAUUUAUUACCAACAUAUAAAGAAUUUAUAGAAUUUUUAGAAAUCCGUUCACGUUCAUUAGAAUUUAUUGAUCCUAAGGUAGCUAACACGUUCGCGGACAGUAACGAACACAGGCGUCUAUACAGCUAAAAGUGUUACGACAGUACGUCUGUCGACGUAUCAGUUUUUACUUGCAUAAAAUCAGUACGCCACACGCCGUGCGAUUUUUCAUACUAUCAUAAAGAACGGCAUGUUGUACUGUCUUGACAGGUAUAAUUACGACUUUUGUACUGUCACUGUAUUAUUUACAAAAAUUCGUCAAAGGAAGGUACUUCCACGCACACAUUCAUAUUUUUAUACCCCUCUCCCGCGAACACUACG